GGCCCCGCCCGGGGAGGUGCCGGGCCGCACUUCCUCAGCGCCGCGGAGCAGCGGCCGAGCAUGGCCCAGCGCCGGGAGCCGCUGGAGCGGGAGCUGCUGGCGCUCGGGUGGUACCAUGACAAUCUCACCCGGCAUGCUGCAGAAGCACUGCUGCUCUCCAACGGGCAGGAUGGGAGCUAUCUUCUGAGGAAGAGCAAUGAAAGGGAAGAUCUGUACUCCCUCUCUGUAAGGGGUAAAGACUCUGUGAAACACUUCCAUGUUGAGCACACAGGAACUUCAUUCAAAUUUGGAUUUAAUGAAUUUUCUAGCUUGAAAGAAUUGGUCAUGCACUUUGCAAACCAGCCUUUAAUUGGAAGUGAAACAGGAACUUUAAUUGUUUUGAAGCAUCCCUACCCACGGCAAGUGGAGGAGCCCUCCAUUUAUGAGUCUGUGCGAGUUCACACUGCAAUGCAGACAGGAAGGACAGAAAGUGACCUUGUCCCAAAUGCUCCCUCACUCGGUACCAAAGAAGGAUAUUUGAUAAAACAAGGCAAAAUAGUCAAGAACUGGAAAACAAGGUGGUUUACACUGCAUAGGAAUGAACUGAAGUACUUCAAAGACCAGACAGCUACGGAACCAAUUCGAGCACUUGACUUAACUGAAUGCUCAGCUGUGCAAUUUGACUAUUCCCAGGAAAGAGUCAAUUGUUUCUGUUUAGUGUUCCCACUGAGGACAUACUACCUGUGUGCAAAAACGGGGAUAGAAGCUGAUGAGUGGAUUAAAAUCCUGCGGUGGAAGCUGUCACAGAUACGGAAGCAGCUGGAGGAGCGCAGCGCCACCCUCAGUUCCUAACGCUGUGCCAGCGCUCCUGCUCCGCGGGCAGGAAUUGCCUCUCUCCAAGGGAAGGCAUUGCUUACCAGAGCGCAGCCUCAGGUCUGCAGUGCUGUCUGUGCCCCUCACAGAGGUCACCCAGCGCUGCACACACGGGAUCCUGCAGCUCUGGCUGCUCUGGGGCUGCCGAGUCACGCGUGGGGAUGGUUGCAGAGCCAGAGUGUGGGUUUGGUGUAUGCCUGUAAUGCACUUAAUUCAAACUCCUGCCACCUAAUCACAGAAGUGGGCACUGUUCAAAACUUUUGGGUUUAUUCAAAGCACUCAUUAAUUUAUUACAAGCUGCAUCACAACUAAGCACCGGUAUCAUAUUCUGUAACCUUGAACCUUUUAUUUAAAACAGGUCCUUUCUGGAAACAUUAAAUAUCUUUUUAUUACCUGUUUAGGCUUAAAACCAAAAGAAAAAUGACAAUUACAUUUUGUAAAUAGUAUCUAUAUUGCAAUCCAGAGAGUAAUAUUUCAAGGGCCUUUUCAAAGUGACGGAUGUCAAACAAACUUUUAUAUGGUUUAGCUUUAUUCCACAGUGAUGGCUACAGGGGAAUGUUUGUUUCAAACAGCACCUGUAGGUAAUGGUGAGCAGCAUCAUGUAAGCACAGCUGUAUACAAACCAGGGUUCUGAGAAACCACAGGACACACAUUUAACAGCGUUGUGGCUCACGAGAGACAAGAAGUGAAACCCCAUGAUGUUAGUGCUGUACUCUAAAUAGGUGUUACAUUCUGGAAGCAAAGUUUGACACACUGGAGAGGCUCAAGACCAGACUGACCCAGCUGCAAGAUCCCUUGAGCAAUUCUGUGCCUCCUCGAGGGCUGGCAAAGAGAGGGGACCCUCUCUCCCUGCAUAGCAAUCAAAUUUGUGCUGAAACAGCAUCUGCAAACCUCUCCUGCUAUGCAACACUGCAGUCUGUUUGGUAUUGAUCAUGCAGAAGGUGUUUGAUAAUUGCCUUUGCUGGGAGAAGAGCGCAGAAGAGGAAGGCAAAAGCACAUUGGAAGAAGAAAGAAAAUCUAAAUUAGGACAUAUAAAUAGCAUUUUAUUUCAACUUAGAAAUUCAAAGUAUUUGUAAAUAUCUUUAUACAGACUGUUUUCUGAAUAAAAUGUCAUUAUAAAACUA